GGCUCAUUCAGAAGAUCUUCUCCUCUAAAGCUACUGAGUCACAUUCAUCAGUGUGAGAAAUGAUUUUCAACCAACUGAUGAAAUACAGAUGGCGUCUCCAUGGAGUGCACGCCUGUUUGCGUAUAAAAAGCAUCUGUUCGGAUGUUUUUUUGGUCAUUUGAAGCCGGAAAGCAGGAACACGCUAUCUGAGAAGUGAACACAGGAUUAUGUUGGAUUCAGCUCCACUGUGGAAUUCAUCCCACCUGUCCACAGCCCUCAAGGAGACCUGCUAUAUCAAACUUCAUAGCUCAUCUAUCUUCCACGGUCUCAAUCGUCCUCAGUGAUGGCUGAGUGGAGUUGGGUGGCCUACACGGCCCUAGAAGUGCUGAUUGCUGUGGCCUGUUGUCUUGGCAAUGUGUUGGUGGUGUGUGCUGUGUGUCUUGGUAUCCGAGAUUCCCUGCGGGAGCCGACCUUCUGCUUCCUCAUCUCCCUGGCGGUGGCUGACUUCCUGGUGGGCGUGGCCGCCGUGCCGCUGGCUGUGCUACUAGAUGGCUGGGUGAGUGUGACCCCUGACCUGUGUCUGCUCCUCAGCUGCGUUGUGCUGGUGCUGACUCAGGCCUCUGUGCUGUCGCUGCUCGCUAUCGCCGUGGACCGAUACCUCCGGUUACACACACCACUCAGAUACAAAGCCCUGGCCACACAGAAGCGUUCAUGGAUGGCUGUGUCUCUGUGCUGGACACUCUCCUGCCUUCUGGGGUUCACCCCUCUGUUUGGCUGGCGCAAUGACUCCUCUCUACCGUCCGACUUUACCAACGCAACCUCCCCUUCCAUCACCUCUCCACCCUGCACCUUCCUCUCGGUUAUCUCCCUCCCGUUCAUGGUCUACUUCAACUUCCUGGGAUGUGUCAUGGCGCCCCUGCUGGUCAUGACCCUGCUCUACGCUCGAAUCUUCUGGAGCCUGCAGGGCCGUCUGAAGGAGAGCUGUCCUCAACUCCAGGCUUCUCUGCUCAGGGAGAAGAGGCUGGCCUGCUCCUUGGCUCUGGUUCUCAUUUUGUUUGCCAUCUGCUGGAUUCCUCUGCACCUGAUGAACUGUCUGUUGCUGUUUCACGGUCCUGAUGCCGUCCCACAAUGGACCCUCUAUACAGGUAUUCUCCUGUCUCAUGCCAACUCAGCGGUCAACCCUGUGGUCUACGCUUAUCGCAUCCCGAAGAUCCAACAGGCUUACAGUCAAAUAUGGAGACGAUUCCUCGUGAACACAAACUGUUGCCAUGGGGUCGAGCAAGUUCCCCGAUCAAGAACAAGCAGCCGAGCCACUCACACACAGACAUUUGGAUCAGGAGGGAAGACCACACACUAACAAAGGUCAUUUUACGUAAUAUGUUGGAGGUUUGCAUUCAUGAGACUAUCAGAAAAUCUGACCAUCACUUCGAGGCUUUUGAGAGUUGAUCAACUGAGAACUUGCACCUCACUGUAAUUGUUUGAGUGAAAUCCAUACUUGUAGUGUUUGGUUCCCUUGCCAACUUUUUUUAAGUCCAA